CAAGAGCCGCGCCAUCCACGGGCGCUUCUCCUCUGAGUUCCGCCCUGGAAUUCAGGGUCUGGGAUUCGCUUUUGCAACAAUCCUUGGAGGUCCCGCCUCCUCUGCCUCCUUGUGAGCAACCGUCUCCAAGCAGCCGCGGCGGGCUCCGCUUCCUCGGUGCUCACGCCGCCUCGGGGCGGGGCCUCCCAGGAUGCAGCGCGCUGGCGGGAGUUUUGGAGCGACGGGACACUCCCUCGGCUUACAGCCUCUGCAACGCGGAGGCUUUUUCUGCACCGAGACAAAUGUAAGGCAGCGUCUGCACCGAGAGCAGGCUCAGCAAGACUUCACCUCUCGCUCCUGAUUCCCAGGAAAGCUGGAAGGAAACAGGCAUUCCGGGGCCGGGAAUCUGUCGUUCUGUGGAUUUUAAUCGCUUGCUGUAUUCCGGGAUUGGUGCUCUUGAAUUUUCUUCAUCACCUCAUCAUCCUUCUCUUUUGGCGUGUGGAAUGCUAGAAGAAAGGAUUAAAAGCAUCAGCUGGAAUCAGUUUGCAUUUGAAAAUUGGAUGAACACAAAAGACUUGAUACUGUGAAUGGUUAGAAAACAAACAAUGUCAUCUAAGGAACAAGAAAGACUCUUGUGUUAUAAUGGGGAAGUCCUUGUUUUUCAUUUGUCAAAAGGCAAUUUUGCAGAUAAAUGGCCUGUUAAGACAUCCAUAUUACGUGUCAGACGGAUGGUAUUUGACAGAAGAACAAAAACAUUUGUUUUGAAGUCCACUGGAUGUUUCAACGUAAAGGAAGAAAACUCUAAUUUAAAAAUUGUGUGUUGCAACUGUGUUUCAGAUUUUAGAACUAGAAUUAAUUUCCCUUACAUUUUGAUACAAAGCAAUGAAAGUAAUAAUGUUUUCAAAUAUUUUCUACUAUUUCUUCAUAGUACCAAUGAAUUUGAAAGGUGUUUGAGUUUUGAACUAGACUAUGAGUUGAAGGACAGUAUAAGGGUCCUUAAUGGCCCUUUAGUCUUAUGGCAACACAUGAAAGCAUUCUUUUGUAUCUCUUCCCAAAUUGGCAAAGUUGUUAGUGUGCCAGUUAACUUUUCUUCUAUUGAGUGGGCAGGUGAGAUUGAAAAUUUUGGUAUAGUUUUAUUGGGACUAACAGAGUAUUGUUUAUCUGAAGAAGAAUACACUCAAAAGUCUUCAGAAUCAUAUUAUGCAAUUUGGAACACCAAAUUUUGUGUAUACUCUCUUGAAAAUCAAGCAGUAUUAAGUAAUACAUAUAUUAUACCUCCAGCUUAUAGCAGUGUGGUAACUUGUGUGCAUGUCUGUUCAGCUGAGAUCACCACAAGCCAGUUAAGAAUGUCUCUGAUUGUUCUGACUCAAAAGAAUCAGCUGAUUUCAUUCCAAAAUGGAACUCCGGGAAAUGUAUGCCAGCUUCCAUUUGAAGAUCCUUUUUCUGUUCAACUUUUAGAUUCAGGUCAAGGAAACCUCUUUUUCAUUGUAUCAUUUAGGUCCAGUGAUGCUUGUGCUAUUUGGAAAAAGAACUUUCAGGUUGCUGCUAAGUGGGAAAACCUCAGCUCAGUACUGAUAGAUGACUUUAUUGGAACUGGAACUGAACAACUACUACUACUUUUUAAAGACUCCUUGAACACAGAUUGCCUGGCUUCAUUUAAAAUAACAGAUCUUGUCAAAUUAGACUAUUCAAGUAAACCUUUGGAUUGCAACAAAGAUGAUUUACUUGAAGACAAAGAAGCAAAUUGUCACUUGGUGGUUCCACCUCUGGAAAGAAGAGUACAAGUAGGUUUGAUUUCUAUUCAAGAAUUACAGAAGGAGCUCUUGCUUAGGGAAAAAAUUCUUUCAAAAUCUUGGAAAGUUUUAACAAAUUUGAUUCAAGGAAAAGAUGCUAGGACAUCAAGUGCAGAGGAGGAUUUUCUUCUUCCUUUUUGUGGCAAAGAAGAAAAUAGUGACCAUACCAUUGAUGAAAAGUUACCAGAAAAUUUUCAGAAUUCAGAACGUCUAGUAGAGAAGAUCUGGUAUCGUGUAGUGGAUGAUAGCUUAGUUGUUGGCAUAAAGACUACAUCUUCUUUGAAGCUGUCCCCAAAUGCUGUGACUUUAUCACUGUUAAUGGAUCAAGGCUUUAGCUCCAAUGUUCAGCUUAUUAAGUGUCAAAAUAAGGUGAUUAGUUUGAAUACAGGUUCUUUACCAGCACCAUACUUAAUACCACAUGAAACAGGAUCAAAGGCAAAAAAGAUCAAGUUGAACUCUGAUAGAAAGGAAGAAGGAAGCUGUGUUUAUGAACAGCCAUCUAAGAAAGAGUGUGUUCAGAUAAUUACUGGUAUAACGUCUUUAUCACCACUUUUAGCAUCCAAUAAAUUUUGUUGCAUUCUGCUGCUGCAAAUUAGGGAAAGAGAAAAUGGUGGCUAUCCUGGUGAUCGCUGGAUUCCAUGUGGCAGAAUUUUUUUAAGUUUAGAAGAUCUUUCAAGUGGGAAAUAUCUACUGAAAUUUCCAAUGAACAAAUCAAUAGAACACACAGAAGAUCUAUGUGCAUAUCUUGCAGCAUUGCAGAAAUCUUGUUUUCAAAUCACGUCACCUGGCUAUGCCCUAAAUUCAAUGACGAUGUGGCUCAUUGAACACAUGCAAGGUGAAAUAAUCAAAGAAUUUCCAGAAUUGUGCUUUUGUAAAAGGCCUGAUAGUUUCUAUGGGACACUCUUCAGCUGGAAACAAAGAACACCAUUUGAAGGAAUUUUAACAGUCUACUCCAGGAACCAAACAGUCUUGUUCCAGUGCCUUCAUAGUCUCAUCAAAGUUCUUCCUAUAAACUGUUUCUUCAAAAAUCUAAAAAUAGGAAGUGAGGAUUUCACAGUUGAUCGUUUGGCACUGACUUUGGAGAAGGAACUGGCUACCCUUGGUUCUCUUCCUUCUGCGCUAGCUAAGGUUGCAAGCAAGUUUAUGGAGAGCUCUGAAGCAAGCAAAGGGAAGAGUAGUGCCAUGACUGCGUCAUCAGAUGAAACAGAGAAAAUCCUUCUAUAUAGAAGAGAAGUUCAAGUAGAAAAGGAAAAACUAUUAGGAGUGAACCUAAAAGUGAGUGGUUCCCUUUAUAGAGAGAUAAGUUUGAAAUUAGCUGAGAUUCAGUUGAAAUCAGACCUCAUUGCGCAAAAACUGAGCCAUUUAUAAUUAUGGUUUUUGUGUGAUUAGAUUUUUAAAAUAUAUUUUCACUGCCAUGAAGUUUUGGUUCUGCUUGAAUCCCUUCUUUAUAAAAAUAAAGGUUCAGGCUUAUUGUAGAAUCUUAUUUUAAUAAUGGAGAAAAUAAUAUUCCCUCUAUGGUAGAGGUUCUCAAGUGAGGCCAUUUUGCCUCAUGUGUGAUGUUGUGCGGGUAGCAUGUUAUAUGAAUAAUCAGAAAAAAUGACAGACAGGAAACUAACCUAUAUUAGUGAAAUUUUGGGCUCGGUAAUAUGUUGUUGUGGAGGGCUGUCUUGUGAAUAGUAGGAAACUGACCAGUGUCCCCAGCCUUCUCUACCCUCCAGGGGUGGAAAAGGCUAAUAUAGGAGGCCAGGGUUGCUAUUAAACCUCCUACGAUACACAGGACAGCCCCUUCUUCCCAUUGCAAGAUAGUAUUAUCCAGCCCAAAUGCUAGUAAUGCAGGGGGUGAGAAAGCCCUGUCUUAGAUUUUCCACUUAAGUGAAAAUGAGAAAUUUGAUCUCUUUAUUGUAUUGUCCUUAGUAAAACCUAGUAUAUCAGAAACAACUUCAGUUGGAAAAUUAAUCAAGAUUGUCUGAUUCUUGAGUUUCUGUUCAUACCAAACUUGCCUGGAAAGUUAAAUGGCAGAGUAAGACCAGUGUUUGAAACCCCACUUUUAAAUUUCAUUGGAGUUCUGCUCUAGAGUUGCAAGUCUAUUGGAAUGUAAAAAUUUGAGGGUAUUGUUCUGAAACGCACAUCUUUUCCAGAAGGCUAAGUAUACCUUGCAGGCAACUAUUAAAAAUAAAACUGAAAAUGCUUUUAAGCUAUCUGAAAUUCUAACUCUAGGCAAAGCUAAAGUAUAAAAUUCUAAUAGAAAUAGCUUAAAAGAAUAUGGUGCUCCUUAGGGACUGAGAAAUUUAAAAAUAGGUAAAAAUUCACUUCUGUAAAGAAGCUAUUUAAAAAUGAUCAAGUGAGAGUUUUCAGAGGGAUAAAAAUUCAACUUAGUAUUUUAUUUUUGAAAAAAAAGAAUUCUGGACUAAUAAAAGAGUGUUAGGGGAAGGGAAAAAAGAUGUGGACAAAAAGGAAUUUUCCUAACCAAAAGUAGUUACACAUGCCCAUAAUACUCUUAGCAUUUGGAAAGCUGAGAGGCAGGAAGAACACCAAAGUUUGAGGUCAGCCUGGACUACAUAGUGAGAUCUUGUCGCUAAAUAAACAAUGAAAUGCUCCUGAUGCUUUUACUGUAUAAUCCUUAAGUGACAUUAAAGUUUCAAUCACAGAAGAAGUUGAUUUUAUGAAUAGUGUCAUCUCAUGCAUGUAGCUAAGUGCUAAUUCCCUCUAUGCCUUAGAUAUCCUUGUAGCUAAUGAUCUGAUGAUAUAGAUGAUUUUUAGAGAAUAAAACUUGUUUCUUGUCUUUAUUUUUAUGAUUGUUCAUACAUUAAGUUACUUCUUUUUCUGGCAAUCUAUUGCUGAUUGAGAUAGGACUCUAUAUCUUUAUCUCUAUGAAGUGUCAAUGAAAAAUAUUUCAGAGGUUCUACAAAUAGAAAUGAAAUAAAUUCAGGAUUAAUUGUGGAAAUCUGAGAACUAUGUGUCAUAUGCUGUCUUUUAAAACUUCCCAUGACAUGUACUGAGAGAAUAACUAAAUAUAAAACAUAGGAACUAAAUCAUAAAAUGCAGGCUUUCAAAGUAUAAACAGGAUUUAAUAAAAAUAGUUUAUCCGUAAAGUAGUUAGGAUACAAAAAAUAGUGUAUUACCUUUUUAUUUAUAAAUAAAACCAAAAGGCAUUAAUCUAUAUAUGCCAAGUAACUUGUUUACAUGUGAGUUUUACUUAUCCUACUUUAUUCAAAUUAGAAAAAGCUAAGCUUGAGGAAAUAUCUUAAUCACUUUCAUGAUUCAGUUGUCUGCAUCUACAAUCAAAUUCCACGUACUACUACUCUGCUCACAAAUCUGAGGUUGCCUUUGUCCUUUCCAAUUUUACAGUGAUAUAUUAUUUGAGUACAGAGCACUCCACAGUUUUUAUAACAGUAAUUAUCUGUUGGCCCCUGAUCCCUUAACCAAGGAAUAUGUUUAAAGCAGUUUGGAUAUGCCACAGUUGAGUGAACAGAUUUGGUGAGGGAUCAAGAAAUGUAACAUUUCCUGGCUGUCAGUUGUAUGCCAAACAUGAGUACAUACAUGUUUACAUAUUUAUGCUUAAUUCUUCACAGCUACCUAUGAAGUGUAAUUGUUAGUAUAGUCCUCAACAUGAAAAAAAAUUGGUAAGCCAAAGUAACGGGAUGCAUGAAAACACCUUGAUUUUGUAGCCUCAUUGCAAAUUAUUUCAAAACACAGCAAGUGCUUUAAGAGCUCUAGUGAUAUACUAGUGAAUCAUUUAUUGUCCUAAUAAUAUCUCUUUGUACCAUCAACUGUUUUGUCCCGAUCUUGGAAAACAAAAUGUAUGAAUAAUAUAUAUUUACCUGCUGUCCUCAAUAAAGACAAAUAAUUGAACUAGAAA